AUGAAUAGCCCCACGUUUGAUAAUGUACUGCAUGCCAAGUCGUACCGACUGAACUUAGAUGACAUCCAGAACCUGGGGUCCCAAUACUUUUCCGAGAAUAACAGAAAAAUAGCCAAAUACAAUGAGGAGAUCAACCUGCUCAAGCAACAACUCAACUACCUGAAUGAGAAAAUGGGAAAAUGUGGAUACGUGCACAAGGUUAUCGAGCCUGCGAAGCCCUCAGAGUUGACCUUCUGGUGCUACGAACUGAAGGAAAUGAAGGAAUUCCAAGACCUGGUGAUGUACGAAAUAAAGAAGAAAAAAAAGCACUUCAAAAUCCUGAGCCACAGCUGCGUCAAGUACCUGAGCAACCGUGAAAAAAUAAAACAAAAAAAACAGGAAGAGGAGGAGAAGCGGCUGAAGGCGCAGUCCAAACACAUCUCAUCCUACAUGGAUAUGUUUUGGAAAAAAAUAGAGAAAUUAGUUUGGGAAGAGAAAAAGAGGGAGUUGCAAAAAACGUUAAAUAAAAAAAAAGAAAUGAGAUUUAAGAGGUUCGUGAAGGACGCAAUCAAAAAAAUUAAACGAGCUAGACAAGACAAUGUGCACGAGCUGUUCGUCAAUAGACACGCCAGUGUAAGCUCGUUCAUCCCUAGUGAGAACGUUACGUUUUCUUCGCACCAGGCUCCCACGGAGGGGAGCAACGACCGGACUAGCAACGACCGGACUAGCAACGACCGAAGCAGCAAUGGCCGAAGCAGCAAUGGCCGAAGCAGCAAUGACCGAAGCAGCGUCAGCAGCAGCAAACGAAUCAGCAGGUUAAGCAGCGAAGGGGCUAGCGGGGUAAGUGACGAACGGGUGAUCAGACGAAGGAGUAAAAGAGUGAGCGCAGGAAACUUCGAAUUGAGCAACGUGCGAAGCACCGCUCGAAGCAGCACGAACAACACGGAUGGUGGUGACGUGCAAAACCUGGCAGACGAUGAACUGAAGGAAGAAGACUUAACCAACCAGGAGGAGGAAGAUGUCCUGUUGGACGAGGAAAUGGAAUCGAGUGACGAGGAGGAGGAAGAGAAGGGGAAGGAAAUCAGCCUCCUGGAUGAUGAGGCCACCAUGCCCAUUGAAGAGCUGCUCAAAAGGAUGUAUGGCUUUAAGAGCGGUGAGGAAUACCUCGAUUUGAUGCGCGAGGGGGAAGAACCAGCGGAAGAACCGUCAGAUGAUGAAGAUGCAGCAGAUCACCGGGAAGAUGACGAACAGGUCGAACGGGACGAGGAGACCGCCCAGAGUGUAGGCACCGAGUCGAAGACGAACGAGAAGAAAAGAAAGCUCGAAGAUGCGGAGGGGGAAGACCCGCCAGUCGAAAAGAAUGUAACGAAGAAGAGUGAUGAGCCCAUCGAACGGAGGAAGAAGCGAAGGAAGAGGAGGAAACGUCACAACGGUGGGGGUACACACAUGCACACGGAUAGGGGUAAUGGAGGGGAGGAGAGUGAGUCUUCCUUGUCGAGCACCUCCAACGAGGAUAUGCUCAUGUGCAAUAUGGACGAAAAGCAUUUAACAAAAAUACCCCCGUUCAUAAAGGCAACUCUGAGGGAUUACCAACACGCAGGACUUCACUGGUUACUUUAUCUAUACAAAAAUAACAUAAAUGGAAUUUUGGCAGACGAAAUGGGAUUAGGAAAAACGUUGCAAUGUAUUUCUCUUCUGAGUUAUUUGGCAUACCACUUCGACAUUUGGGGACCCCACCUGAUAAUUGUACCGACUUCUAUCCUCAUAAACUGGGAGAUCGAAUUGAAGAGGUUUUCUCCCUGCUUUAAGGUACUGUCCUACUUUGGGAACCAAAACGAAAGAUACAAAAAGAGAGUUGGUUGGUUCAACAAAGACUCCUUCCAUGUGUGUAUAUCUAGCUACUCCACGAUCGUUAAGGAUCACCUCAUUUUUAAGAGAAAAAGGUGGAAGUACAUCAUCCUGGAUGAAGCGCAUAACAUAAAAAACUUUAACACGAAAAGGUGGAACAUCAUACUCAGCUUGAAGAGGGAGAAUUGUCUUCUAGUCACUGGCACUCCUUUGCAGAACAGUUUGGAAGAGCUGUGGUCUCUUCUGCACUUCCUCAUGCCGAAUAUAUUUACAUCCCACUUGGACUUCAAGGAAUGGUUUUCCGACCCCCUCAAUUUGGCUAUACAGAAGAGCAAAAUAAAUGACUCCAGAGAACUGAUCGAUCGACUGCACACUGUCAUAAGACCAUACAUCCUGAGGAGGUUAAAAAAAAACGUGGAAAAAGAAAUGCCCAAUAAGUAUGAGCAUAUAAUAAAAUGUAAGUUAACGAGGAGACAACAGGUUCUCUAUGAUGAGUUUAUACAGAACAAACAGGUUCAGAACACCCUCAGCAGUGGCAACUACAUUGGUCUGAUGAAUAUACUCAUUCAGCUUAGAAAGGUUUGUAACCAUUGUGAUUUGUUCACGAAUAAACAUAUCCAGACGCCGUACUUUUAUCUCAUCCCUAUAAGCUUUUAUGUUCCUCGUUUUUGUAUCCUCUUUGAGAAGACUUACCAUUUGGACUUUCAGCUUAUUUUGUUCCUCCAUAAGGAGUUCACCUCGCUCGGUGGAGUGCCCCUUCAGGGGCAAACGAAUGGAAAUACUAUAUCAAAGUUUAGCACUGAUCGGAGUAGGAACAGCCGUAUAACUGUCCUUCAAACGGACCCCUCAUUCACUUUCUCCCAUGAUUUGGCAGCACCCUUUGGGGGAGGAAACAAAAGAUGCACCAUAAAUGAUUCCGCUCAUAACGGGAUUGAUGUCAUCCCUUUGCAGCCUUUCCCAAAUGGGGAUACGCUCGACGGACCCCAACUGGUACACACCGUGGGAAAUGUUAAUAACCAAACGAAUGGACUGUACGGUCCAACCGAAGUUAUCUGCUCAAUUGAGCGAAGCGGCUCUUCCACUGGAAGUGCCACGGGGAAGAAGCGGCCACGUCCCCCAAGUGGUGAAGACAUUAUGCAGGUGAAUUAUCACCCCAACGGGAUGAACAAAGGGGUUACCUCCGCUCAGGAGGUAAGAACCCUUCUUCCAUUUAACUUGCACCACGGUGGACGAGUUACCCCCCAAGUAAACAUCGAAGAUGUAAACACGUACCUCAACAACCAGCUAAAACGGAGAAGUGUUCCCAAAAAUUUGCUGACCUAUUCCGACGAGUUCGUAGACGAAAUGAAUAACAACUACGAUACGAUCAGCCGUUUUAUCGACCCUGCUAAUAAGCACCGCUGUUACGGCGAAUACCUCUACCGGACGUUGAAGGACGUCUCUCCGUGUGGCGUCCCAACUGUGGGGGACCACCUGAACAAGGCCCCCCUCCACAAGCAUCCAUCCAACGAGGUUAUAAACAACCGUCGUGAAAAUUACCUCUACAAAUAUAACAUGCGAAUUAUUAACAGCGACACACAGUAUAAAAAUUUCUUUUCUGACGUGUCGAAUCAGAGCUACUUAAAUUCUCUGGAACAUAACCUGUGGGUUAAGAGGCAACGAAGAUUGGAAGAGAAAGACAGAAGAAAGGAGGAACAGCUCAAAGAGACCUCUUUCAAUGAGUACAACUUAUUAAAGAGUAGUCGAACCCCUCUGUUUGGGGUGAACCUACUAAGCCUGCUGAGGCGUGAAUUUUCGCGUGAUGGGUUUGUGCCUUACCACUCGAGCAACAAUCUGGCUGUGGGGUUUUCUCUCAUGCGGGAGAUAAGCACAACGGGCGGUGGUGACGCUGUGAACGCCUCUAACAUGGGUACUAUAUGCACAUCCGGUUCGGUUGUAUUGGAGACGCUCUUCCCCACCAUGGAGCUCUUCCUGAAGACGCACCAGAGGGAAAUCCACAACUUCACCCUAAUGAACACGCCAGCCGUCAUUUGCAGUGCCCACAGAAUUGCAGUCAACAAUAACCUCCUGCAGAAUUGUAGCCACCUGGAACCAAUUCUUCACAGAAUCAAAAUAGCUACACGGGUGUACCAUGAACCCUUCCACAAGCAAUCAAUCAUCUUCCCCCUAAAUAAGGACAUAACCUUGGGGAGUGGAAAAUUGUUUGCCCUAGAAAAGUUGUUGAAUAAAUGCAAAAGGGAAGGAAACAAAUGUUUAUUGUUCACUCAGUUCAUUAAAAUGCUCGACAUUCUGGAGGUCUUCCUGAAUCAUCUCAACUAUACAUUCAUCCGAUUGGAUGGAUCCACCAAAGUGGAGCAGAGACAAAAAAUCGUCACCAAAUUUAAUAACGAUAAAUCUAUUUUUUUGUUUAUAUCUUCUACACGUAGUGGUAGCAUAGGCAUCAACUUGACGGCAGCUAAUGUGGUCAUUUUUUACGAUACGGAUUGGAACCCCUCUAUCGAUAAACAGGCCAUGGAUAGAUGCCACCGAAUCGGACAGACGAAGGAUGUGCAUGUAUUCAGGUUCGUCUCGGAGUACACAGUGGAGGAAAACAUUUGGAAGAAGCAACUUCAGAAGAGGAAGCUAGAUACAAUCUGCAUCAGCAUGGGUAAUUUUAGCAACCUGAACAAUGAGUCGCUUCUUACGGGUGGUAGUACAUCUGUUGGUGGUGAUAGGAAGAACCCAUCCUCUGGUGAGGGUAGAGAUGCCCACCCGAAUGUCCCCCCAAGCAUUGCAGACGUGCUGAGCGGCAGGGCAAACCCAACCCCCAACAAUGACGCAAACAAGGACUGGUUUGCCAACGUGGAUACGAUCAAGGAAGUAUUUAUUAACAAAAGGAACAACGAUGAGGAUGAAGACAUCUACAAGGACAGACUGUUGCAUGAACACAUGGAUGAGUCAGACAAGACGAACGUGCGUUUUGAGAAGACUCUAGAACACGUAGAGGAUAAAGACGACAUUAACGCGUUGCACGAAAACAAGAAAGAGAAGAUGCACGCCAUUUCUCAGGAUCUCCAAGAAUUCGCUAACAAAAAUGACUUCCAGGAAACCUACACACUCACCUCCUACUGCUUCAACUUUCUGAACGACAAUCUGACCGACAGCCUGAAGCAGCAGAUCGACGAAAUGAAAAUGAAAAUUGAAAUUGAAAUGAUGAACGUGGGGCACGACCAGGACGACGCGGAAAACGCCAACGACGAAAAGGACGAUGAUGAUGAAAGUGGUGAUGACGAUCGUGGUGAUGAUGCUGACCAGGAUAACGCCACCCUUGACGAGGCGUCUCCCUCAUCGUCCACCGAAACGGAGGGUUAA